CACGGGAGUUGACGCGGCUCGACGGCGCUUGAACAUGUCGAAGGAAGCUGCUGCAGGUGAAUUCAGGUUCACUGCGGCCGCAACAACAUGGUGGUGAUGGAGAAUGGAGUCGCGACUUCAGGAACCGACAGGGUGUGAUGUCAUUGAACCCUUGGGAAAAUAGGAUGCACGUGCUCCCGCGGGAGGUGGAGUCUGGCGCGACGUGGUCGGCGAAGCCAGAGACCGAGGCCAAAAGGGGAGUAGGCUGGUGGGGAGCUUGGAGGAGAGCUGGUGAAUGCGGAGGAAAAAAAGCUGUUGUUCUGGGACAAGACAGGACGACGGGUGGAAGGGUGAGUGAUGGACAAAAGGGUCCACGCGGCCCGUCUGACCCCAGUCUUGGCGUGCCAUCUCAUCUCCUACGAAACUGUAUAUUCACCUCUUCGCCUCAACCAUCUCCUGCCGACCGUGUAGAAUCGACUACCACGCCCCGCCAACUUCCUACCAACAUGUCACUAAACGGCGCUUGUUCACCCAUCCCCCUACCGAAGAACCAGCCAGCAGGGCCCUUGUCGUUCUGCAAGCCUCGCCCUCAGGCACACUUCGGACAAUGGCAGACUGCAUCUAUGCUGGGAAACAGUGCCGCCUCUUCGAGCCUGCUGGCUGUGAGAUGAGACGAGCCCCCGAGACUUGGGUCCUUCAUGACUUGCGCGAGCAGACACCACAGCCGUCAGCACUCCGCGACUCGUUCAAUGUAUCUCCAACAUAGCCGUUUUCCCUUUUCAGCCUCGUGCAGCAAUCCCAGCAUCAACCUUGCCAUGCCCACCCAGCCCUGCACACCUCCAAAAUAGAUAUCUGAAGCCGUGUU